AAACACUUGAAAAGGAAAACUCAGCCAAGCAAAACAUCAUUUUACAUUAAAGUACGUUACGCAACAAAGCAACACUUGAAGAACGCGCGAAAACGCCGCACGCGCAGUUUACACCCUGUUCUACGCUCUACCAACCAAAGAGCCAACAUUCUCGCAUGCUCAGCAGAAAAAGGCAUACGCACUUUGCACGCGCGAUUGUAUUCUUAAAGGUACAGGAGCAACUGUAGGGAACUCUCCCCUUCCGCGCUUCAAGCCGCACGACAACAACGCGCGCCUUGGCGAGUCUGCAGCUUUCAAUGCCUCUUUUAAGAUCAUCGCAGCAUAUAAAAAACACGUAUUGGAAUAUCCCCAAAAAGAGCUUCCGAACAGGCGUACCACAAUUUGCAGAGAGCAAGAAAACUCGCAUUUUGCAUUUGCAUCCACUUUGUAAAAGCGCGAGUGGUGUUGAAAGCCCCCCAUUUUUUGAUAGCCAAACGUUUAGCAGCAUUAGCAACAGGAAGGAGUUUCGCAAAAUGGCGACCACAGUGCCGCAGGUAGUGUCCCUGGACCCGACGACCAUCCCCAUAGAUUAUCACACCCCCAUAGAUGACUUGAGCAUAGAGGUGAAAGACAUCAGCGCGGAGGCGUGUCCCGCGGAUGAGGGUUUGAUCGUAUUUCUGCUCAACAGCGCCCCGAAGCAUAGCAGCAGUGGUGGGAGCGGCGGAAACGGCGGCAGCGCUGGCAGCAGUGGAAAUGGCGAAGGCGGCGCGCAGAUAAAGAUAAACUCCAGCGUGAAGGACAACACGAUCAACGAAUUUCUAAAAGAGGGAAAUAUGGAAAACUUUACGGGGAAGUUAGGGACGAGUAAAAGCUUCUACAUCGCCAACGACCAGAAGAAGUACGUCAGCCUUGCGUACGUGGGAUGUGGCCCCGCGAACGAAGAAACGGAGCUAGAAAUUAGGAAAGUGGCCUACGCACUGGUGACCUUGUUGCAUGAUAGCAAGCAUAAGAAGGUUUCCAUUAUAUUCGAGAUAAAAAUAGAAGAGGCCCUUUUUAGGUUUUUCCUGGAGCACUUAUUUUACGAAUACGUGACGGAUGAGAGAUUCAAAUCCGCCGACAAAAGUACGGAAACAGAUUUUAUUAAAAAUUUAUCUUUGCACAUUGCCAAUGCGGAUGCGUACAAGGGGCAGAUAGACAAGGCGCGCGUGUAUUUUUACGGCACCUACUACGCAGCGCAGCUGAUAGCAGCUCCAUCGAACUAUUGCAACCCAGUUUCGCUAUCCAACGCAGCUGUGGAGUUAGCCCAGAAGGUAAAUCUGGAGUGUAAAAUUUUAGAUGUGAAAGAAUUGGAGGAACUUAAAAUGGGCGCAUAUUUAUCAGUCGGAAAGGGAAGUAUGUACCCAAAUAAAUUCAUCCACUUGACGUAUAAAGGGGCCCAAACAGGAGCUAGCCAAAAUGAAAAAAAAAAAAUUGCACUGAUAGGAAAAGGAAUAACCUUCGAUUCGGGAGGAUAUAAUUUGAAAGCUGCUCCAGGAUCUAUGAUAGAUUUGAUGAAAUUUGAUAUGAGUGGCUGUGCGGCUGUCUUAGGAUGCGCCUACUGUAUUGGUACCAUCAAGCCAGACAAUGUAGAGGUGCACUUCCUAAGUGCAGUUUGCGAAAAUAUGGUUUCCAAAAAUUCCUAUCGCCCUGGUGAUAUCAUCACAGCUUCCAAUGGAAAAACGAUAGAAGUUGGCAACACGGAUGCUGAGGGAAGGCUAACCUUAGCUGAUGCGUUAGUGUAUGCGGAAAAGCUGGGGGUAGAUUACAUAGUCGAUAUUGCCACCUUAACAGGAGCUAUGCUGUACUCCUUAGGCACCAGUUAUGCUGGCGUUUUUGGAAACAACGAUCAGUUAAUAAAUAAAAUAUUAAGCUCUUCUAAAACGUCCAAUGAACCCGUCUGGUGGUUACCCAUCAUUAAUGAAUACAGGUCCUCCCUAAAUUCCAAGUACGCUGAUUUGAAUAACAUCUCCUCCAGCGUGAAGGCGUCCUCCGUGGUGGCUUCCCUUUUUCUGAAGGAGUUCAUCGAGAAUACGCCCUGGGCCCACAUCGAUAUUGCGGGCGUGUCUUGGAACUUCAAGGCGAGGAAGCCCAAGGGCUUCGGCGUCCGCCUGCUGACCGAGUUCGUCCUCAACGAUGCCGUGUGA